AUGACUAUUUACAAUUUGUACAUCUUCGAUAAACUGGGUACACUGAUGUACUAUAGUGAAUGGAACCGUUUGAAGCAAUCGGGCAUCACGAAAGAUGAGGAAGCUAAGCUCAUGUAUGGCAUGCUGUUUUCCAUCAAAUCUUUCGUCAGCAAAAUAUCACCCGUUGAACCGAGAGAGGGAUUCUUGUACUACAAAACAAACAAAUAUGCACUACACUACCUAGAAGUUCCCUCCGGGUUGAAGUUGGUGUUGAACACGGACAACACAUCGACCGGAAUCCGGGAGUUUUUGCAAAAUAUUUAUACGAAGAUUUGGGUAGAGUACGUCGUGCGCAACCCGCUAUGGACAAUUGGAACGCCGGUUUCGUCCGACAUAUUCAAGGCGAAGCUGGACGAGUUUGUGAAACAGUCGCCGCUCUAUGGCUCGAAAAUUAUUUAAUCUUGUCCAGCAUCCGGUAUCCAUCGAGCCACUUACGGAUGUUGGUUGCGUGCUCUGCCCGCGCACGCUUUACUGAAGCCGGAUCCUGAGGGUUUGACGCACGCAGAUCAAUAUGGUGGGCACCCUCUGGGAUUAGGACGAUCUUGAUGUUAUCGUUAUUUGAGCGCAACACACCACCGCCAGACCACGGAUCAAGCAACCCAUUGCUGAAUACGAUGUUGGUAAUGCUGCGACUGCGUCAGGCGAUCGAAUGCGAUCAACAAACAAUAACAAAAGCGGUAAACAAAACAAAAAGAAUGGUGAAUAAUAUGCAUAACUAGCGCUAAGUCUAUGUGUUAAGUAAUCUAAUAGAUAGC